CCCUAUUCGUACGGUUAUUGGACUCGGCCCGAACCCGUUCGUGCGACGACGAUCGUAGACGAAGCGUAUCCAAGAUGUCCGCCGCGCGGGGCCCUCUCCAGUAGAAACGACGUCGAUUGCGACGAAUACAAAUUUGGACGUUAUUAAAACGUAACGAUUUGAAUCGAAGGGUUUUUUUUGUAUUUUUUUUUGAUCGGGUUCCGUUUUGCGCCCCCGUUUAGAGUUUGUGUGGAAAAAGAAGCAACGGUGAGGUGUGGUGACGACGACGAAGGAGACCACAACGAACAACACAACACUUAGUGGGGCCCUAAGAAGAGAUUACGUUUAAAAUAGUGUGAGUGUGUCGUGGGGCGGAAGUUGUCCAGGACGCCGUCGUCGUUGUCGUAAACGUCGCCGCGCCCCCGCAACGGGGCGCCCCCAGUGCCCGCCGUGACCCUGUGCGCGUACGAUGUGAUGGAAACGGUGGUUCGCAUCGACCAUGGAGCCCCGGCAGCUAUGUCUUACGCCCAGAGGCAACAGCAGCACAGGCAAAACAUCACGGUCCAACAGGAUCUAUACAAACCCGUUCGGUCACCAUUGGCGCCCGCCCAACCCCGUUACCAAUUUCCAACGGCAGCUCCCUCGCCCCAUCAACAACAACAGCAGCAACAGCCCCCGACGAGUUUGCCACCGCAGCUGGCCGCCGCGCAUCAACUGGUCACCGUGGCCACUCCCGUCGGGCAGCGUUAUCUGCAGGCUGCGCCACCACCCCAACAACAACAACAGCAGCCCCCGCAACAACAAGCCCCGCCGCCACCCCUCCCCUCAACCUAUCGCGAUUAUCGCCAUCAGACGAGGAUAUCGUUGCUGCCGCCUCCUGAGUACGCGGGGGGUAGAGGACCUGGGCGGGAAGUAUUAUUGCAAGGAGGUGCUGCGCAAAUCGCUAUAGCCGCGGCGGUUGCUCAGCAACAACACCAAGAACAACAACAACAACUUCAGGGUCAACAACCGUUUCCUAAAAAAAUUCGAUUACAAGAUCAUAAAGAUGUGCAACCUUUACGGAUCGAUACAAGGGAACAAUCUGGCGUUUAUAAUCCUCAAGUAGAAGCGAUUUCCCCAACGAUUCCCGAUCACAUACAACAAGAAGAUCAAUUAUUUCGCACCACAAAAGACGAACUCCUCCAACAAAUCAGCCGGGUGGAUCGUCAAAUUUCAAAAGCCGAAUCGGAAAUAAUAAAACUCCGCGAGAAACAAACGGAACUCGAGGAGUCCGCGAAAAAACCCAAAGGCAAACAGAAAGUCGAAGAGGAAACGCAACAAAAACACCAGAGCUUGGCCCAACAAAUCUACGCGGAGAACCGACGCAAAGCCCAAAAUGCCCAUUCGAAAUUGGACGCUUUGGGGCCGAAAGCCGAUUGGCCCAUGUAUAAUCAACCCUCCGACGCGCCCGUUUACCACGAGAAUAAGCGCAAAAACGUCGCGUUUAAACGCCGGUUAUUGGAUUAUUUUAAAAAGAGGCACGCGGAAAAAGACGGCAGGAAUUUACACCUAAUCGAGACUUACAGCAAAAUGAUGCAGGAUUGGCAUAGGAAAGUUGAAAAAACGGAGUCGAGUUCUAAAAGGAAAACGAAAGAGGUUAAAAAUCGCGAGUUUUUCGAACGAGUUUUUCCCGAAUUAAGAAAACAACGCGAAGAUAAAGAGAGGUUUAAUAGAGUUGGUGCUCGAAUUAAAUCAGAAGCUGAUAUGGAAGAAAUAAUGGAUAAUUUACAAGAACAAGUACUCGAGGAUAAAAAAAUGAGAAGUUACGCGGUGAUUCCCCCGGUUAUGUUGGAUGGGAAAGAGCGAAAAUUAGUUUAUCAGAAUAAUAACGGUUGCGUUGAAGAUAUGGCGGCCGUCCAUAAAUCGCGGCAAUUCCUCAACGUGUGGACGCAGGCGGAAAAGGAAGUUUUUAAGGAGAAGUAUUUGCAACACCCCAAAAAUUUUUAUUUGAUAGCUUCGUGUCUUGAAAAGAAAUCGGUCGCCGAUUGCGUUCAAUAUUAUUACCUCAGCAAGAAAACGGAAAAUUAUAAACAAUUAUUGAAACGAUCGAGGCAAAGGACGAGGCAUCGACCCCCCAAAACAAACCCCACAGGCGUCGACAAUCUACCACCGGGUGUCGUUACAAGACACCAAAAGGAACAACAAUUAAAAACGAACAACACAACUCAACCGAAUUACGAUCCAUCAGACACCUCAACGACGAAUCCAACCCAAAACGUUUCAAACACAACAGCGGCUGUAACUCCAACAACAACCUCAGUGACUUCAUCUCCAUCCCCCGCACCCGCUUCGACCCCAAACACGGUCGUUUCAAGUUCGGGGCCCUCAACGACGUCGACAACGGCAGCAACCACGACGGUUGUUACUGUUAAAACGGAAAUAAGUCCCGUUGAGGCGAUAACAACGCCGACGGCGGGAAAUGGUGGCGAAGAAAAAGUUGAUGUGACGUCAGGGGGUGAUGCAAAGAAACCCGCUCUCGCCGAAAUUAAAACUGAAAUUGUGUCUGAUGCGACGUCGGUUGUUGAUGGGUUGAUUGAGGUGAAACAAGAGGAGAUAACCGUGGAGGAUGUUGUGGUUAAGGAGGAGGUUGUUGUGAAGGUUGAGGAGAGUGGUGGUGAUGAUGGGAGCGUCGACCAGAACAAUUUCACCCCUACCAACCUAAUCGUCGAAAACAAAAAGAAAAAGGAUCGGAGAAAAGAUAUCGACGAUCACCAUCUCGACGAGUCAAGUUGUAGCGAGGACGAAACCAAUAAUUUACACGAUAAAUCAACUCAGGGUCAAUGUAUUGUUUGUGGUUCGCAACUAGGUCCACAACUUCAAUCUCGGCCUUUAGCCCCAAAUCAAGCUUCACUAUACGGCCUCCGUGAAGAUCAAGUCCCGGCAAACGGUCGAAUUUGCAACACAUGCCGUUGCAAAAGCGUCCGUUCCCGAUACACCCAUUGCCCCUUACCAACGUGCCCCAACGCCCGAGGCCGAGUAAAACGCCUCCGCUCGUUACCCCAACGCCUCCAAGAAAUCCCCCAAGACGUCCGAGACCAACUCCUAGCCGAAUUCCACGUUUCCUCGGGAGUUGUAAAAUGUUGCUCGGCCUGUUUUAACCGGAUUCAGCGCCGAUUGGGCGUCGUGGAAGAUUGGCCCGAAGAAGAAGUGGGGCAGUUAAGGGCCGCUUUAACGGAAUUGGGGGCGAAUUGGCAAUUAGUUGGGGAGAAAUUAAAUAAAACCGCGUCGCAAGUUCGAGGAUUUUACGCGACCAAUCGGAAGAGAUUGGGGUUGGAGUCGUGCUUGGGCGAUCGGAAACCAACGUUAACGGAUGAAGAGGAAAGUGGGUCGUCGACUAGUUCUUGCGAGGAGCCGGUUAGUGGAGGAAGAGAGAGACACUCAAGUGAUACGGUUAGCGCGGAAAGUCCCCCCGUUAAUCAUGAAAAUCGCGAAAAGAAUCCGACGAGGAAAGAAGAUUAUGACUCAUCGGCCACUGAAACAGCUGAUGAAGGACAAACUCCUGAUCAUUAUCAAGGUUCAGCAACGAUAACACCGGUUCACCCAGAUGGUCAGCGUCAAAUAAUCACCUCUCCCAUCACUGUUAAAGAUAUGAUGCUAAAAGUAAUCGAACGUUCCCUAAAGAAGACAUCGUCGGGUCAACAACCUCAACAACCUCCGGGCGCCCCUGGCGGACCUGUCAUCGGGAUGGCCCCAACAAUAUCCUCUAUACUGAACGAUUCGAACGAAGUAACAAUCGUCAGCGAAUACACCCUCCCAAAUCAACCUCAAUCCCGCCAACAACAACUCCUCCAAUCAUCUCACCACCCCCAACAACAACAACGCAACGAAAUCUCCAUCGACAAGUUAACACCAUUAAUUGGAGCAACAAUCACAGCUGUUCCAGUGCAAGUCCCCGUUCAAGUAGCGCCCCAAGUUGAUCAUCGAAACGAUUUGGUAGUGAUGCAAGUAGACGGAGGCGGGAUGAGAGGGGAGCCCGAAAAUUUAACGUUGGAUUUGAGCAUAAAGAAAAGCUCGCGAGAUUUACCCCCUCCGCCCCCGUCGUCUUCAGCAGGGCAACACAAAAUGAUGCGGAAUGAACCACCUUCAGGGGGGUACGUCUAUCACACCCAAGAAAGAAAAAGCCCCGCCGUUUACGUCACAGCCACCCCCACAGGGAGAGUUCCAACGAAGAUUUCACCAAAACCAGCGAAUCCUAAAGCUGGCUCAAUCACGAUGGGGACCCCCAUUAUCCCACAACCAACAAGAUACGAAGGUGGUCUUUUACGUCAACUUCCUCCCGAAUCGACUAAAAUGGGAUCGAUAACCCAAGGAACCCCAAUUCACGUCCCACACCAAGACAAACGCAUCUACGACCCUUAUUUUACCACGAAACGACCUCCAAACCCCACCCAACAAUACCAACCAAACCACCAAUAUCGCACCGCCCCCUACUCGGUGGAACACCAAUUAAGUAACCGACAAAUAAUUAUGACCGAUUACAUAACCUCACAACAUAUGCCGGGGAGGCGCCCCGAAAAACAAUAUUACCCGUCGAUGAGAACCCCGCCACCGCCCACCGCUCAAGUCGUUCAGUCCCAACAACAAAGACAAGGAGUGAUUCAAAGACACAAUACGAGGCCGCAUUACCCGCCGCCACCGCCCGGACACGAAGCGCUAAAUUCUUUGGUGGAUAUCGCGGUGCAACAGCCGAGUUUGCCCGUUCCGAAUGCGCCGCCUCACGAGGGGUUGGGAAAAACGAUCGCGGAUAAUAUUUUGGAACAGCCGCAUCGGUAUAUGUUGCAACAACAACAACAGUUGAGGCAACAACAACAGCAACAACAUCAACACCAACAGCAAAGAAUUGAAGCUGAGAGGAGGUAAAUUAAUUUUAUUCAAGUAAUUCAUU